GGGGGAGGCGUUUGUGGGGAGAAGUCGCCGUCAAGUAAUGGAUUGGACCAGCGGGAGUGAAGGGAACGAGGAUUUUGAAUGGGACAGCGAUGAUGAGGCGACGACGGGAGAUGUUGUGCCGUCUUCUGAGUCCCUUGCGUGCCCGCCUGGGGAGGGUUGCGAGACUGGCCCUUCUCGCUCAGCAAUGGUUUGUCAUUUUAUGGGGAUGGGAUUUUCUGAGGACAUGAUCAUGAAGGCAAUCAAAGAAAAUGGAGAAGAAAAUUCAGAAGCUAUACUAGAAGCAUUGCUUACUUAUAUGUCUAUUGGAACAUCACCAUCAGAAUAUGACUCCAUCCCUAGAGAUCUUUCUGUCUUAAGCAACAAAGAUGAAGCACAUGACAAUCCUUAUGACAGAGUUGCUUCUGUAGAUGAGGAACUUUUUGAAGAUUUUCCUGCAGAGGAUAGGAAGUUGUUGAUCUUAGUCGAAAUGGGUUUUCCCACUAAUGAUGCAUCUGCAGCCAUCGCUAGAUGUGGUCCAAAUGCAUCUAUAUUGGAAUUAGCAGAUUCCAUACAUGCGGCUCAGUUGGCAAAUAAGCUCGAUGAUAAUUUAGGCGUAUCUACCGUCUCCAGUUUAGUUGAAGAUGAGCGUCAAUCUAAUUGCCCAAGAGGUGCGGAGAGUAGGUUUGCAGAGGUGACCAGGAGCAAACGAAGAUGCACCUCAACAGAAGAUGAAGACUCUGUUAUCUCUUUUUCAAAGCCUAUGGUUGGUUUUAGCCUUCCAAAUCAGCGGAUGUACAUGGUUCCGAGAAAGAUAAGUGAGGCAGCUAUUGGUCCACCGUACUUCUAUUAUGAGAACGUGGCGUUGGCACCAAAAGGAGUCUGGGAAACUAUGUCACGCUUCUUGUAUGACAUCAAGCCAGAGUUUGUAGAUUCCAAGUACUUUUGUGCUGCAGUCAGAAAGAGGGGAUAUAUCCAUAAUCUUCCUAUACAUAACAGAUUUCCUGUUCUUCCAAUCCCUCCAAGAACCAUUCACGAGGUAUUUCCGGCAACAAAGAAGUGGUGGCCCUCUUGGGAUCUUAGAAAACAAUUCAACUGUUUGCUGACAUGCAUAUCGAGUUCAAGACUGACGGAGAGGAUCCGCAGGGAGCUUGUACAGUAUGAUGAUCCACCACCACUACAAGUAAGACAGUUUGUGCUAAAUGAAUGCAGAAGGUGGAACUUGAUCUGGGUGGGGCAGCAUAAGGUUGCUCCUUUAGAACCUGAUGAACUUGAGAUACUUCUGGGGUAUCCAAUAAACCACACACGUGGGGGUGGCAUGAGCAGGACAGAAAGAUACAGGUCUCUAGGGAACUCAUUCCAGGUAGAUACAGUAGCAUACCAUCUAUCUACUUUGAAGAAUUUGUUUCCAGAUGGUUUGAAGGUCCUCUCUCUUUUCUCGGGUAUCGGAGGGGCAGAAGUGGCUCUUCAUCGUUUGGGAAUGCACAUGAAGGUUGUGGUUUCUGUUGAAAUCUCUAAGGUAAAUAGAGACAUACUUAGGAGUUGGUGGCAGGAAACAGGCCAAUCUGGGAUGCUCAUCGAAUUUGUUGAUGUGCAAGAACUUAACCCUCACAAGAUGGAGCACUUGGUUAACCGGUUUGGUGGAUUCGAUCUCGUCAUUGGAGGAAGUCCAUGCAAUAACCUCACAGGCAGCAACCGUUAUACUCGAAUUGGUCUUGAGGGCAUCCAUUCUUCACUGUUUUUUGAGUAUUGGCGAAUCUUGGACCUGGUGAAGUGUCUCAUGGGAAGGACCAGUUGAUCUGUUGGCAGUCUUCUGCAUCUUCAACUGCCAACUUGUGUCUUGUUUUUUCUUUGGGUCUCUGAACCAAAAAAGGUACAUACGAAUCAACUUCUCACUCCAUGCAAUUACGUAAAGCUGUUAGUUUACAGAUUGUUAAUAGUGUUGCGAGCUUCUCUUCUUCUCCUUUUAA